UUCCUCUCCAGACGCGCUCAGAGUCUGUGAGCAGCUGUUCAUGCGUCAUAUUCAUAAUACAUUUGGGUUCAAUGAGGGGGACGCUGGUUUUCAUCUGUCAGGCUCUGCUGUGGCCUGCCGUUUCAGCCCUGUUUACAGUGGAGGUAGAGGAGAGAGAGUACAAGGCAGAACUACACAGUGACAUCAAACUAGAGUGUAGAUUCUCCACAGUCAAAAGAGACUCUGACCUUUCUGUCAUAUGGCGACGAGUCGAGCCAAAUCCCGAUGUGGACGUGUAUCGGCUGGAGAGAGGUAGAGUAAACCACAACUACACGAGUGCUGCGUUCAAAGAGCGUGCACAGCUUAUCCAAGAACUGCUGGAUGAAAACCGUGCUGUGUUGCACUUGAAGAAACUCAGGAUAAAGGAUUCAGGCACAUAUCAGUGUAUCGUGAAAUACGGGGAUGAAGGAGACUACAAACACGUCACUCUCAAUGUUACAGCUCCUUACACUCCAAUAAAGAAAACGGUCAGGCAAACAGGGCGAGAUGAAGUCGAGCUCUCCUGUGAGACUAAAGGAUACCCGCUGCCUCAGGUGAUCUGGAGCGAUGGCCAAAACACAAACCUCACAGACAGAAUCAACAGCACCACACGCUCCACAGACGAAGAUCUUAUCAACAUCAUCAGCAAACUGAGGGUGAAACGAGACCUGGUCAACAACUACACCUGCGCCUUCCUCAUGAAGGGUGAAAUGAGGCGGACGGCCACCUUCAGUUUACCAGAUGAAAUCCCUCGUCACUGUUCUUCUCAGUCUUAUGCAUGGAUUGGAGCCGUGGUGGUUGUGCUUUUGGCCAUCGCCCUCACAUCUUUUGUCCUGCGCGUGAGGAAAAACGAUCAGAAAGGAAGAAAUAAUGAGUCGUCUAAAUGUUGUUUCCUGUUGCUGCACCUGUCACCUGCUACAAACACUGACUCUUUACUGACGGAAAACAAGAAUAGACCAGAUACAUGUAAGACAACUUUAGAAGUAACCUCAGAAAAGCCUGAAGCUCUGAAGGAGGUGUUAACACAACAAUAUUCACAGAUCAUCACAAACACACAAAUGAAAAGCAGAUUUGCGUCAUACUGCGCCAAUGUGCUGCCACAUGCGCUUUACACAAAAGAAGGACAAUCCCUGAACAUUGCUUCCAUCCUGCCUGAUAAGAGGCAAACUAUCCUUCUCCUGGGAGAACCAGGCAGCGGCAAAACCACUGUAGCACAAAUAAUGUCCUCCUGCUGGGUUCAGAGUAUCACGACAGACCCCUUCAACAUUCACAGACUCCAACCGGUUGUGCUGGUGGACUGUAGUGAAGCACAAGGAGAUUUUUUCCAAGUGGUCAAAUCAAGCAUGACUCCUGAAACACCGUUAGACGAGUGUGAUCUGAAAGAGAUGCUUUUGGGACCAACGGAUUGUUUAGUAAUUCUGGAUGGCUACCGAGAGGGGAAUACAGACUUGGAUGAAACGCUCAGGACGUUUCUAUCAGAGCGUCAGACGUGUAGGGUUUUGGUGACGUCUCGUACAGGCGAGUGUCCAGCCUUGGAGAACAGAGUCAGGACAGUACUGCAACUUAUUCCGAGACCGGAAGAGUAUGGAUCAUGAACUUAUAGAGGCAAAUAGAGGCAUUUUAUUUUGGCACAGACAGUGAUCCUGACAUUUCACUUUUUUAUACAUACUGCGUAUACAUAAAAUGUUGCUAUUUUUUUUUUUUUAAAUGUUGCUAUACUGCAGUGCGCAAAUUCAGCAAGUUACCUGCAUAUGAAUGUUUAACAAUGAUUAUUCUUGUCAUUCAGUGUAUUUCCUGUCUUCUGGUAACUUCUAGCAUGAGAAUGAAAGGCCCUACACUUCAAAUCUUUUCUUUAAUCAGUAUUCUUGCCUUGUUUUCCAGUAAAAAUAUCCUAAAAACAAGAAAAAUUUACUUGAAAAGCACAAUUGCAUGAUUUAAAGACUUGUUAUUCACCCCUGCGAGUUCAAAUCCAGGGUGUGCUGAGUGACUCCAGCCAGGUCUCCUGAGCAACCAAAUUGGCCCGGUUGCUAGGGAGGGUAGAGUCACAUGGGGUAACCUCCUCGUGGUCGCGAUUAGUGGUUCUCGCUCUCAAUGGGGCGCGUGGUGAGUUGUGUGUGGAUGCCGCGGAGAAUAGCGUGAAGCCUCCACAUGCACUACGUCUCCGCGGUAACGCGCUCAACAAGCCACGUGAUAAGAUGCGCAGAUUGACGGUCUCAGACGUGGAGGCAACUGAGAUUCAUCCUCCGCCACCCGGAUUGAGGCGAGUCAACUACACCACCACGAGGACUUAGAGCGCAUUGGGAAUUGGCCAUUCCAAAUUGGGGAGAAAAAGGGAGAGAAAAAAAAAAGACUUGUUAUUAGAUAAUAUGUCUUGAAAUAAGUUUAUUUUUCUCACCCCAUUGGCAAUAUUUUUCUUAUUUUAAGCACAUAAUGACAUUUUUGUGACAUGUAUACUUAAAGCAAGAAAAAUCAACUUGCCAAUGAGCUAAGAAAAACUUAAUGCAAGAUGAAGUCUUAAUAUCUGACUUCAUCUUAUUUUUAUAGAUUUUUACUGGAAAACCAGACAAACUAUGAUAAGAAAAAGAUUUUUCCAGUGCAGAGAAAUAACAUAAUCUGGCAGUAGAUCAAACCAUUUUGCAAAUUCAUGAAUUCAACUGUAUGUUGCAAAGACCAAGUAGAGGAAAAGAGAAAUGAGAGCUUGAUAAUGAAUCAUUAUUGCUACACCCUGCACUUGUUAUAUGACAGUAAUAAAUAGCUGCGGUUCAGCUGUUACAGGAAUAAAGUAGGUUAGGUUUUACAACUCAUUGUCAUUACUAACCAUUUAGACGAAGUUUCACAUAAAUCAUCUUAUAAAUGUCAACCUUUAAACUUUGUCGUAAUGACUGCACUUUAUAUUUUUAUUUGUUUAUAGUAUGUCAUGAUUUGUAUAAAAUUGCUAGUGAAAAAUUUUGUACUUUUGUUCUCUUGUUACAAUAUAUUGAAAGUGUUAUUUUGAAAUAAAAUCUUUUUGAAAGGC